AUGGAAAAGGGUGGACAACCAAAGCUUUCAAACCUCUCAAGCAAUCUUCAAAACUUGUGUGAAAAAACCUUUGUAAUUUUUGGGAGUGAACUUGUAAAAACUCCAAGUUUAGUGGAAACCUCUAGUUUGAGGGAAGUGGAUGUAGAGUUCGAAGAUCCAAAAGCAAAGGAAGGGUUUCUUAACAAUUCCAUAAGACCAUACUUUUAUGGUACCGAUUAUGCGUAUUGGAAGCAAAAGAUGGAGAAAUAUCUUGAUAGUGAAAAUGUAAAUCUAUGGGAAUGCAUAAGGAAGCCAUGGGUGUGUCCUACAAAUCUUGUUGAUGGUGUUGAUGUAAAUAAGUCAAGAGAUUCUUGGACUAUCCUUGAGGAGAUUGCUUACUUGAAGAACAACAAGUGCAUGUCCACUCUCUAUCAUGCACUCUCUAGAGAAGAAGGAGGAAAAAUUCUUCAUUGUAAAAUCGCGAAAGAAAUAUGGGUUACUCUAGAGAAUCAUCAUGAACGAACUAGUGAAGUGAAAUUGAAAAAGAUUCAACUCCUAAAUCAAGAUUAUGAGAUGUUCUUCCACAAGGCCGGAGAGAAGGUGACCGAGAUGACCAACCGACUUCUUAAGAUUGUUGAGGCAUUAAGAAAGUAUGGGAAGCACUACUCCAAGGCGGAUGUCAAUAGCGAAAUCUUGAGGUCUUUGCCUAGGAGUCUCUAUGAGUCCAAGGUUACUUCCAUUGAGGAAGCAAAUGAUCUCACAAAGCUCAACACCGAUGAGCUAAUUGGUAAGCUUCUUACCUUUGAAAUGUACAUUGAAAGGGAAGAGCCUAAAGAAGAAAAGAAAAAGGUGCUAGCUUUAAAGGCCAAGGAGACCAAGGCCAAAGAAACCAAGGCAAAGGAAGCUAAGGAGUCAAGCUACUCUAGUGAUGAUGAGCUUCUUGAGUUGGACUCAGAUUAUGGGAGUGACAACAAAAUGGCCUUGUUCACCAAGAGAUACAACAACUACAUCAAAAGAAAGAAAGAUAAGGAAGUCAAGAAAAGGGCUCACAAAGUGACAUGGGAUGACUCUAGUGAAGAGGAUGAGGACUAUGAAAGUGAAAGAGUCAACAUUUGUUUUAUGGAUAACAUAGAGGAAGCCUCUCCCACCAAGGUACAUAAUGACUCCUCUAUCUCUUCUUCCUAUAUUGAUGAUUUCUCUACCCAUGAUCAUGAAAGUGAUAGUGGGGAUGAGAAGGUGGAAAUGAUGAAAACCUUGGCUACGAAAGUCAAUAGCUAUAAGAAAAAAAAAUUGAAAAACAAGGGAGAUUUUUCCUUACUUGAGGCUAAGAUUAAUGAAUUUCAAAAACAAAUUAAUGAAAAAUUGAGAAAAGAAGUUGUUGAGUACAAAACCUCCUUAACUAAGUUCCAAAAAGGAAAACAAUCCUGGGAUGAGGUGUUGACUUUCCAAAGACCCUCUUCUUCUAAGGAAGGCUUGGGUUUUGUGGCUAGUAACUCAUCAUCUCCACCCUCUAGAACCAUCUAA